AUGUAUCAUUACAAUCCUCCUCCUCCGGGCUGGUCGGCCUACGACUACGCUUCUCCUCCCACCUCUCCUGCCUACGCCUACUAUGCGACUCAGUACGCCAGUCCCUACGUCUCGUCACCUCGAGGUGCUUCGUCCAAGCGUCAUACUCGCAAAGCCAGUUAUGCCGGCCCUUCCGCCAAAGACUGGGGUCAUCCGGCUUCCUACUCGCACAGCAGUUACUAUGAUUUUGCCCCAGAGUUUGGCACGCCGCCACCAUCGCGCAAGCACGAUCCUGUAAGUGCUUCUUGUGGCUAUCCUCCGUCCUCCUUUUCCCACCGUCGCUAUUCUGCUGCGGCAGACCCUCGUCCGCCGCUCAAGCAGCGUCACGCCUUUGUGGAUGUGGUCGACGAUGUGCCGCGAUAUGUCUUCCACGACCGUCGUUCGCGAUCGCCGCCGCCGUCCUACUCCACUCCCCAGCGAGAUAGCGACCGCCGGCCCCGACGCCCGUCUUCCUCUCAUCGCAAGCCAAAACCCCCAACUGAUCAGUAUUUUUAUUAUAACCAGGUGCCCGCAUAUGAUGAUGCCGAGUUGUCCGCCAAACGGUCGCGCGCGCGUCGCCAGUCCACUUCCACCCGCACUCCAUCCAAGCCCAAGUCGACCUCGAGCACCAAGACCACGCCGGUAGCCACCGAAGAAGAUGCCGAGCGCGCUGGAAUUCCUGCUGGAUACUCAACCAAGAACUGGGACCCGACCGAAGCCCCGAUUGUUCUUCUUGGCAGUGUGUUCGACGCCAACUCGCUGGGCAAGUGGAUCUACGACUGGACCGUUUUUCACAAUGGCGCCUCCACCCCGAUGGCCGAUGUCGCGGGCGAUCUGUGGUUGCUGUUGAUCAAGUUGGCAGGCAAGGUCAAGCGGGCGGACGAGUGUCUCGACCGGAUCCAACGUCGUGAAUCGCGCGAAACCGUUGCGGACUUUCUCGAAAGCGGCGAACGACUGUGGGUGCGGUUCAAGAAGCUGCUCAAGGCAUGUGAGCACUUUAUGUGGAAGGUGGCCAAGCGCGAGGGCAAAGCAGUAUCGAUGGGCCGUAACGCCGGCUGCGAAUUCGUCGAGUCGCUCUUCGGCCGGGACCGCGAACUCGAAAACACGGAGAAACUGAUGAACAGUAUACGUCUGUGGAACAUGCGUUUCGACGCCAACUGCGACGAGAUCCUCCGCCGGCCGUCUGCAUAA